UUCGACUUAGUGAAGUGGUCUGAGAGUCUGAGAGUUGGUGACGGGCAGAGAAGUUAGACCCCAAGGGGAAAAAGGUGGGAGAGAAUUAAACAAAGAUGGCGAUGAGGAAAAUGCUUCUUCUAAGCACCUGGCUGUUCCCAGCAGUCAGAUGCCAACAAUCAAAGAUAAUUCUAUCAGCCCGGGAGGGAGGGCUGGUUAACAUCCUCUGCUCAUAUGACUCUGGGUAUGAAAAAUAUCCUAAGUAUUUCUCAAAAGGCAUUUAUGCUAAAAGAAGGACCAUCUUUAAAAUCACUGGUAAUAUGUGCAAAGAGAAGCCACAAGAAAGGAAAUAUUACUCCUGUGAUGAUACGAAAAAAAGGAUCCUGAAUGUCACCAUCUAUAAACUGACCCUGAAUGAUGCCGGGACAUACUGGUGUGAAAUAGAUGCAUACUUUUAUGAUCCUAAAACAGAAAUCGAGCUCAAAGUCAACAAAGCUCCUGCGCCUCCUAAACCUCCACUGGUCACAUCAAAUCCUCCUGAGUCAACCACAGCUCAAGCCAUCACCAGGAACCAGCGACAAUCAGACACAACUACAGUGACAGAGAGGGCCAGUAGUACAACACUGUGGCCCACACCACCUGCAGGUGUGCACACAGCGUUACCACCACUGGCAGGAAAGGAGCUGUACUUGGUUGUGGCAGCUGCUGCUGCUGCUGCUACUGCUGUGUUGCUGCUGGGUCUGGUGGUGUUUUUGUACUUCAGACUGAGGAAACACAGACAUGAUACAGCAGGAGAUGCUCCUGCAACGGUAAUCAGUCAGCGAGUGGAUAACGUGUACAGCAUCACCAGCCCCUCCACUGAGCCUGGAGACCAGCACAUCACGGAGGACGUCCAUCUGAUCUACUCCACAGUCCGCUUCAACACAGAGGCAGCCGCUCAGCCCAGGAGACAGAUAACAUCAGCUGCUGGACCCUCUGAGCUGACAGAAAAACCAAAAGAGAAGACUACCUGGGAGGAGACGAGGAAGACCAUAAGAAAGACAUGGAGCUAGAAGUGAUUGUCCCUUCGGUAGUGUGUGGUGCACUGAUUCUGAUAGUUGUGUUUGUACUUGUCCUAUGCAGACACAGACUGUCCAGGACACUAGGGUGCUGUGCUGCAGGGGGAGCAUCAGAGCAGAGGACAAACGCUCAGCAUUACACAGAGGGAAAUCAUGGAGAGCCCCACUAUGAGGAAAUACAGAUGCAGAACCAGCAGGUGAGCGCAGGAGGCGUACUGCCGUCCGUUUAUGCCACCGUCAACCCUCCUGCAGACCAGCUCCACUAUGCCAGCGUCAAUUUCCAGAAAGACUCUGUCUUGACAGACAGGAAUGCAAUCUCUGACAUGAAUAAAACUGUCUCCUCAGCCUGUGACUACUCUAUCACUAGGUCUCAGGGUGCCACCUAUCCUGCAGUAGCUGAGCAGACGCUCUAUUCUACAGUCACAAAGCCUGGGGAAGCAUGAGAUAGACACCUGCUGAUGUUAGCUGUACAGUCUUUAAGGGAACCUGUUGUGACGGAUUUGUAUCUGUCCUGUGUACAUACUGUCCAUACACCCGGACUAUAGAAAAGUAAUUUUAGCAGCAUUUUUGAGUGAUGAACCCUAUAAUUUGGCACAAUGUAGAGUUUACCAGUUAGCUAGUUAGCAUCUAUUAUGGCUGUUUAGCUAAUAAUUUCACAUAUAAAGACUAAUAUUAAUGGGAAUGUGCGCUGAUUAAGAUGAUUAAAAUCCUGCUUGAGAAUACUGUUGCCACUGGCUCGGGUCAGUCACAUUUAAAUCUUUGGCAGAUACUCUCAUUAUUUGUCUAACUGAGACUGCUGAAGCUUCAGAUUAACCUCUGAAUACAUGUAACUGGUGGACUCUAGUGUUGACUGCUGUGUGUUGAUAUGAAGAGGCCCAGACCGUGGAUAUCUUUGGAGGCGAUCUCUGUUUACUCCUGACAGCAAGUGGCAGAAACAAAAUCCUCCGUCAAACACAACCACAAACCACAUACAAACUCAAGACACAAAUUAAGUGACACAAGAUUAUGUUAGCAUAAAAUUAAUUUAUAAACAUCUUAACAGUGUUAAAACAUGGAAAUUACUAUGAGAGCGACGUACCUCUCCCACUGAGCUCAACAGCAAAAGGGGAGAGGUAAGGCGGGAGACACCCCUUUAUAGGUGGGGUACCUGCAAAGGUGACGUAGGGGGACAGAAACUGAGUACCAAACAUUCCACAUAUUGACUAUGGAGGCCGAGCAUGUCAGGUAAUAACAAUUGAAACUAAUUUUGUGGAAAUGUAAUACUUAAUAUUACAAAUGUACAUUUGACUUUGUCACACAUAUCACUGCUGUAUAACUGACCCUGCUGCGUAAAUUUUUGCACAAAGUGAGUGCUGCUGAUUUUGUCCCCCAUCACUUACAUUGAAAGUGCCUUUCAUACCCAACUUAAAGGCCAGUGACUAUGAGCAGAGGUGGGACCAAGUCAUUGUUUUGUAAGUCACAAGUAAGUCUCGAGUCUUUGCACUCAAGUUCCAAGUCAAAUCUUAAGUCAGCAUUAACGAGUCCCAAGUAAAUGUUUAGUUUUGAAUCCUUAACAAGUCUGCGCUCUUCACCGAUUGUAAUGCCCUUUUAACAUCAGAACAAUAAUACCUUACAUUUACAAAAAUCAUGAAAGCUUUUCAAAAUUUGUACUUAUUUAUCAAAAAAGGUUUGUCAGGCUGAGGGAAGAUGAUAGCUGUUGGAGAUGCAACAGAGAAAGUGGCACAUGCUUUAUGAAUGUGAAAUAGUGCAUGACUUCUGGUCAGCUAUUGUCAAAUAUAUUGAUAGUGUACUUUAAACAGAGGGUCCGGCCUUAUGUACACUGGCGUCUUACUGAUGGAGGCUAACCUGUCCUCAAAAGUAUGUUCUUGGGUGAAAUUAGCCCUCAUCACCGAAACAGGAUAGCGCUGAGACACUGGAAGUCAAAAAAGAAAAUCAGCUUCAAAGAAUGGAGCAGUGAAGUGGUGAGGAUAACUUCUUUUGAGCAGCUUACUCACAAAGUUAAUAGUAGUUCAAAGGUUUUCAGACAUAUUUGGGGUCCAUACCUGGAGAUGGUCGGUAAAGAUGAUUAAUGCGUCAGCUGAUAUCUGUUGGUCUUGUCCUUGCUCUCUGUGCACUAUAUAAUUGUUUAUGCGAAGUGGAUGAACAUGAGACACAAUAUGAUGUAGUAUGUUGUAUAUCAGCCUGUGUUACACACUGCCAAGAAAAAUGUGCAUGCCCUUUUCUUUUUUCCUUAUUCUUCUUCUUUCUUUUAAUUUUUGAAUAUUGUUUGUACAUUUGUAAUGUACCUGUUCAAAUGCUG